CUGAGCCACAGCCAUCAGAGGGUUGUGCCGAUCGCCUCAGCCGCCGCCGGCCGCCGAUGGAUUCGCCCUACUGCCCCUCGCAUGCGCCCUUCUUCGGCUUCGUCGGCGCCGCCCUCGCGCUGAUCUUCGGGAACAUGGGGGCUGCGUACGGGACGUGGAAGUCGGCCGUGCAAACCGAGAUGGUGAUGAAGUCCAUCAUGCCCGUCAUCCUCUCUGGUGUCUGCGGCAUCUUUGGCCUCAUCAUCGCGGUGAUCAUCGCCACCAACAUCACCACGCCAAAGGACGGCACGUCCACCUACUCGCUCUUCUCCGGCUACGCCCACCUCGGCUCGGGGCUGACGGUCGGGCUGAGCAACCUGGCGACCGGCCUGGCCAUGGGCAUGGCGGGCGAGAUUGGCGUGCAGGAUUCCGCGCGGCAGCCCAAGCUCUACAUUGGCAUGGUGCUCAUUUGGUCCUUUGGGUCCGCCCUCGGCCUCUACGGGCUGAUCGUCGCGCUCAUCAUCGCCGUCAAGGACGGCAGCGCGAUGUGCGGCUGCCUGCUCGGCGAGGAUGGCCAGGUCACCUGCACCGACCUGUGAGGCACCGCGGCUCGCGAGCUCAGUUAUCAUCAGCACAGGGCGACGGGGCGGCGGCGGCGGCGGCGGCGGCGGCGGCGGCGCGCUGCGACACGCCCCCCCCAGCCACGCCGAGGGCCGUCGCCUGCGGGGCGCCGCGCUCUCGGCAUUGGGUCGGCCCCUCGUCUGUGCAUGGGCUGCGCGCCGGGCCGUUAGCACACUAGGGGCGCCAGCAGCCCGGGCACCUCGGUACAUUUACUUGGCUUACGUCGGUGUGAGUCUUUACGUUUACUCUUGCACAUUGAAAGU